AUGCUCUUCGCCAAAUUCAUGCUUCGCGUAUUUUUAAAAAACCCGGAGCUGAGAAGAAUUUCCCGCUGGCGUAUUCUCCUUAAGAUCACCGUUGUUAUCGUUACUGACCUUCUGCAAGUCGCCAUUACCUGGUGGGCGAUGAAACAUUCGAAAGAUCCUCAAACUACACUAUUGGCUUUGCAGACCUGGAUGUCAGCUAUUGUUAAUCUGGCCAUAACGCAGCAUUAUCUGAUAACCCUUUCCGUUCAGGCUCACUACCAUUUGCUAAACAUAGAGCUGCGGCAGGUGAUCGACGAAUGCAGGAUGUUAAGUUUCCAUCCUCAGAGGAGGGGUGCUUUUAUGACCAGAUGCUGUUCGUUGGCGGAUCAGGUGGAAAAUAUAGCCAAGUUCCAAAGUCAAUUACAAUUAAUUGUGAACCAUCUGGAUGUUUUCGGAAUAGAGGGCCUAAUUUUGUAUGGCGGAUACUACAUACUGUCCAUAGCAGCCGCUUACAUGAUCUAUAGUAUCUUUAACAGUGGCCACGAAAGUCUACAAAUGACCUUCAUGUCGAUGAUUAUAUCCUCCAUUUUAUGUUUCUUUUACUAUAUGGAUGCCAUUCUCGAUCUGAAAAAUAAACUUAACUUACUAGACGAUCAUGAGACGAUGCUUCUACUAUUAGAGGAGCGAACUCUAUUUGCCCAUACGUUGGAUGUUCGUCUGGAGCAAACGGUCAGUUGCUUUUGGCACAAUCACGGAUAA